UCACACACUCCACACACAGUUCCCCAGGGGAGAGGCUGUUGCUGCUGCCGCCUCUCUGAUCCAUUGAAACCUUAAUUGCUCGGACCUCACAGUCUCCCUCACACCUGAGAGCAGCUCCACGGCGCACUGCAUUGUUACCACAGCUCACCUACACUCAGUCUGCUGCUGCCGCCCCCACCUCCACCUCCAUGCCUUGGCCCCUCCCUCACCGGACUGCACUGAUAAAUGGGUUAACUCUGUCACCGGGAGUUGCCGAGAUAAAUGCACCGGGAGCGUCGGGAGAUCCCUUUCCAUCCCUCCGCUGCCUGACCGAUGUGCGCUCCAAACCGAGCAUCCUCCUCCUCCUCUUCCACCUCCUCAUCCUCUCUUCUCCACGGUGUUGAUUCGACAGAGUAGAAUUUAAAAUCGUAAUUCCCCCCCUCUUUCUUCAUUUUAAUAAGAGGCAGCAGAAUCAGAAGCAGCAGCAACAGCAGCAGCAGCAGCAGCAGCACCGGUUCUCAGACCCAGACCCGUGGGCGGCUGGGUGGCGUCCGUCUGGGCGAGCUGAUAGGACGAAGAUUUGGCACUCUACCUACCAACUGCUUCAUCCCCCCAAAAUUCUCAAGACAUGGCGAUGAGACGUGAGAUGUAGAGAAAGCGGAUAUUCAUGUGGGGCUUCAGCUGAAACGGACAACCACCUUCCUCCUCUUCCUCCUCCUCUUCUUCCUCAUCUAACCAGUUGAUUUUUUUUUUUGACAUAACUAUCUAAAAAGUGUGGAGCACAUGACACGGGUGCAUUUUCCGAGGCAGGUCCAAUACACUGACUGAAUGAGUCCAUCUUUGGGUGUCGGACGGACUCCUCAAGAGCACAGCACGGAUGCAAACAGCCUAAACGCAUCUUGGCAAAUCAAAACACCCUCAGCCUCUCCGCCGACGGGGUUCUAACCGAAAGGGGGAGACUCUCGCACCGGAGGACGCAAACGUUUCACGGGCAGGGAGAAGAUGCCAUUCCACCAUGUGCGGGCGGGCCUGCUCUAUCCAGACAACUAUCUGAGCAGCUCCCUGACGGAAGGCAGCGAAGCCUUCCAGCUCACCAGCAUCUCCACAGAGGAGCUGGGAGAGAUCCGUGAGGCGUUUCGUGUUUUGGAUCGUGAUGGGAAUGGUUUCAUCUCUAAACAGGAGCUGGGAAUGGCCAUGCGCUCCCUGGGUUACAUGCCCAGUGAAGUGGAGCUGGCCAUCAUCAUGCAGAGACUGGACAUGGAUGGGGACGGCCAGGUGGACUUUGAGGAGUUCAUGACGAUACUGGGGCCCAAGCUGCUAUCAUCCGACAACAGAGAAGGAUUCCUGGGCAACACCAUCGACAACAUCUUCUGGCAGUUUGACAUGCAGCAGCUGUCUCUGGAUGAGCUGAAGCAGGUGCUGUUCCACGCCUUCCGGGACCACCUGACAAUGAAGGACAUAGAGAACAUCAUCAUCACCGAGGAGGAGAGCCUCAAUGAAACCUCAGGGAACUGCCCUGAGUACGAGGGAGUCCAUCCCAAGAAGAAGAAUCGGCAGACGUGUGUCAGAAAAAGCCUGAUCUGCGCCUUCGCUAUGGCUUUCAUCAUCAGUGUCAUGCUUAUCGCAGCCAAUCAGAUGCUGCGGAACGGCAUGGAGUAACCAAUUGCACUGUGAGCAUGGGGAGUGGACAGAACAGCCAUGACCUCACAUCUUGUCUUUGCAGCCAAAGCUGGACCAGCCACAACCCCAGCACUUCUGGAAACAAUCAGUUGAGUUUUUUUUCUUUGUUUGUUUUUAAGUUUCAUUUGAACCUACCUUAUAAAACUAAAAAAAAAUAACACAGACAAUAUGAGUGAUAUGAAGACAGGCGUAUUUGUUUUGCUUUGAAGAUGUCACCGUGUAGAGUCAAAGGACUUACUGGUCAUAAGGAACCUGAACUGCAAAUGAAUUAUGUUUUUAUAUAAAUCUAGAGUGAAUUGAGGGUUUUAUUUUAAUGUCUUCAAGACCAAGACUGCCCUUUAAACUUGGUUUUUCUAAUCACCGAAAAGUGUUUAUCAGGUGCUUUGAGCCAUUCCUAAUUUCCAAAACAAACAACGGUUAUUAUGGAAAACUGCAUAUAUUUUCCCUCUAGAUCGAAUGUGAAGCAGGUGAACGCCGGACGCAGCUUAAGUGCAUAGCAACAGCAUCUCAUGUGUCAUGUAUAAACAUUGCGUCUUAUCCUCAGCUCAGUCCUGUAAUCUGGGGACUCAUGAAAUCUUAGUGUGUAUCUACAAGAAGCACAACUCAAUACUCAGUGAGGGACCACAAGCUGAUCCGAUAUCACCACUCCUCAGUACUGAUUGAUUGAUGGAUUGGUUAUGCGACACUUGUGUGGCAUGUAAAAGACUGCAUUGUCUGCAUACAUAAUGCAAGCUCAGGCUGUCUGAGAGCUGUAUAAUAUAUGAAGAGAAAUCGGAUGAGCUGCGGCUUGGAUAUAUCAUGGGAGCAGACUGAGAAUAAAUUCUGGUAUUUUUCGUUGUGUGCUGGGAGAAAAUGUUUCAGCUCACCAUCUCAUCGUAAUACUGCCCAGCUGUGGUAAAUAUGCACCACACAAAAGCAUGCCAGUAUAUACACUGCCAUACCAAACAUCUCUCUGAGUCCAGUUUCCCAUGGAUUUCACUGUAUAUAUAGUAUUAUUAGCUUGUGUAAUGUAUUUUUCCUCUCAACAGCAGAAUGUAUGAAGAAUAGAAACUAGUGAGCUAUAUCAGGGAUAUACAGUAGAGCUGUGACAUACUGUUGAUACAGCUGUUUUCUUGGAAAAGGUUGCUGUCUAGUGGUUAAGAUGUGAACUACAGCGUGAACGGCCAUGUUUACACAAAGAAGGAAAGAACACCACCACUGAAUUUGAGCUUUGGUACGUGUCACGUCAAUGUUGCAGGGGCAGUUUGGUCUGGACCGGUGACCUUUCGCUACUUUUAAUGGCAAAAACCAAGAAUCUAUCUUUUCCAUGGCCCAAACUCUGUCGUCGCACUCGUAGCUCAGGAUUGGAUGGAAGGUGAUUGCUGCAGAACCUGUAGCAGUUUCUGGGGUCGUAACGGUGUUUUAUGGUUCAGAUCUAAUAGGACUACAAUUUUAUAAGGGAUGAAAAUGUUUGGAAAAGACCUUGUAGGAGUUUGCAAUCAUGCUCCUCUUCUUUUUUUUUUUCGAUGGAGCCACUCGAGGUUGAACAUCUCAAUGACACCGCAGAUUAAAUUUGAGGGUGAAGAGGGUGUAUUUUAUGUGGUCGUAGGGCUGGGCACUAAAUAAAUGUCAUUUUUUAAAACCUAUUGACAUUGGAACAGUUAUAUUUUCAUUUUCAGCUAAUUUCCAAAAUUCUGUUGGAUCCCAAGCAAAGUUUUGAUCAACACAUUGCAGAAUUAAGCGGAACACAGAUAUUAAGAAUAGUUUCUAUUAUUUUACAUGUGAUUAUUGUGUGAUAUUAAUAAAUCUCGUCUUAAUAUUCUGAUUAAUAUUGUGAGUUUCUUUCAACCAAAUCGCCCAGCCCUAAAUGUAGCUCUGUGUUGGUGUUUAUUACCCCUGACUGCAGCAUUGCAUGCCCAAUAUCCUGAAUUGCACGGUGCUGCUAUUGGACUGGACACUGGUUCGUUCCCCUUCAGACCUUGGAGCGAUUUUUUUGUUCUCUUUUGCCUGGGUGGAUGAAAAGAAGACCAGAUAUUUCAAUCAAACUAAUGUGAAGCCACAAGAGCUUAUUGCCAGUGUUGGACAAAAUCUAAUGAAGGUGAGAGAGGGAGAGGGCUUUCUUUUAAGAUAAAAAAAAUAGCUUUGUAAGAUCAAGUAUCACAGCAAAAAUGUAAAAUACUGUAAAUCAGUAUGCAUGUCGUUGUUUAGAUUUUCAUGUCUUCGAAAGACGGGGAAUCCAAUUAAUCUUUCUUUGUGGUGGCACAGCCUUGGUUUCAAUGUAGGUAUGUAUGUACUAUUGUCACAUAUUUGACUUUCCAAUUUAUACUGUAAUAGCCAUUUUUCUAGUUUCUACCAGCUAUUAAUCAAAUCAGAGUGCAGAAGAGGGCAUUUUCAUAAAUAUGCAAAUACAAGGUCACAUCAUCAUCAUCUCUGUUUCACAUCAUCUAGGGUAGAGUCUGUAGGUCUCACUGUGGACAGUUAAACUUUGCAUUGAAUCCAGUAUUUUGUGUGUUUAGUCACAUUAGGUUUUAAUGGAAUGUUCUCACUGCCUCAUGGUCCUGUGUAAACAGCUGUAUAACGUAUGCUACACUUAUCCUCGUAAGUCAGUUUGUCUUUGAUAAUCUCUGCACAUUGACCAACGGCCCAUGUUUUCACGUUUGUCUGUUAGCAUCGCGGCCCUUUUGAAACCAGCAUAUCCCACUUUAACUUAGCGAUUCUUUCAUAAUUGUGCCAUCCAGACAUCCUUGCAUGGCUAUGUAAGGGGCAACUCGUUUUGAAAGACCUUCUACCAACACUUUUGAAGUUUACAUUAUUAUACUGUACAUCUGCAACAGGACAGGAUCGGUUCAUGAUUUUCAUGUUUUUGAAAGUUGCUUUUGAGAUUUGUUUUUACCAAAACAUGUUUUUACCAGUUGUAGAUUGUAUAGAGAUAAAAACUAAACACAGAUAUGUAAUACAACCUUGGCAUGCUGCUUAGAAAAGGAGAAAGAAAACAGCAAUAGUUACCAACUGAAUGGAUAUUUAAAAAUGCAAAUAACAAGUUUAAUCUGUUUAAUCUAAAAAAAUAUAUCCAUAUAUGUUUAUGCAAUAAAACCUUGUUUUGAUAGAAA